AUGAUAAAAAGAUCGUGGAACGAAGCAAAUCAGGGAGAUCCUGAACCCUCCCUUCGAUGGAAUCCCAACCCUGGGAGCUUCUCUCCCCUGCCCAAUGCACCUACGGAUGAGCAAGUUAGGGCUACAAACAACGUCGAUCCAGCCCAUAUUCCACCUCUCCCGAACAUAUCGCGUAAAGUCAAGGCAUGCGCUGCCUGUCGAAAGCAAAAGGUGGUCUCCUUUAUGGACGCGUCGGUUCGAUGCUUCAUGGACAAGAGCGGGCCUCCAUGCAAGCGGUGCGCCGAAAAGGAUCUGUCUUGUGUCCUCAACAAAAGCCUGCAGACUCUUAUCAAUGAACGCGUACCGCAGACGAAUGCGUUGAUACACGAUCUAGAGAUUGUGUCGACAAGCGUCCAGCACAUUCUGAAGACACUGAAUCUUCCAAGCAUGCCGCAGCUUGAGAGCUCCAGGUUUAUUGCGCCUUCUCCAGCCUCAGGGGAGCAGGGUGACCCAAACCAACUCCCAGAUAUUGGCCCAUCAUGCGACAACUCACCAGAUCUCUCAGCCCAAGAUGAAGAAAAUCUCCCCCGAAUCCCAAUGCAUUCUGUAUACCAUCUCACCAAAUUAAGCGCUCUGCGAUCCCCCGAAGCCGAUAUAGAUGCGUCGCCCGGAAAGUCGAUGCAGACCGGGUCACAGGCCGACUUUAUUUCCCAAGGGAUGAUCUCCCUGGAAGAUGCAGAGAUGCUCUUCCACCUCUACACAGAUCGCGUCGACCAUUUUGCCUACGGCGUUGGCGCAAGAUACAAAACGUUGGAGGCUUUGCGGUGCAAUAGUGCGGUUCUCACAGCGGCCAUCCUCACCGUUGCUGCCAUGCAUGAUCCCAAAGCCAACAGUAUCUACCCCAUAUGUGACCGUGAAUUCAAGCGUCUAAUGACUGAGUCCCUGUUUGAUUGA